GUACGUGGGCGCCCACGCGCGGGGGCAGCCCGAGCUCGCGCUGCUGGCCGUCAACACGCUGCGCACCGACUGCGCGCACCCCAGCCCCCUGCUGCGCGGGCUGGCGCUGCGCGGACUCUGCGCGCUCAGGGUGCCCGGCAUACAGGAGUACAUCCGGCAGCCCCUUCUGAACGGCCUGCGGGACAAAGCGUCCUACGUGCGCAGAGUAGCGGUUCUCGGCUGUGCGAAGAUGCAGAGCCUCCAAGGGGACUCCGAAGUGGAUGGUACGCUGGUGAACGAGCUGUACAGUUUGCUUCGUGACCCAGAUCCCAUUGUAGUGGUGAACUGCCUGCGGGCUCUGGAGGAGAUUCUGAGGCAGGAGGGAGGAGUCGUCAUCAACAAGCCCAUCGCCCAUCACCUCCUCAACAGAAUGGCUGACCUAGACCAGUGGGGGCAGAGCGAGGUGCUGGCCUUUCUUCUGCGCUACAGGCCCCGGAGCGAUGAGGAGCUCUUCAACAUCCUCAACUUGCUGGAUGGGUAUCUCAAGAGCAGCAGUCCCAGUGUUGUGAUGGCAGCCACCAAGCUCUUCCUGGUGCUGGCCAGCGAGUACCCACACGUGCAGACGGACGUGUUGGUGAGGGUGAAGGGGCCGCUAUUGGCUGCCUGCACCUCCGAGAGCCGGGAGCUCUGCUUCACCGCCCUGUGCCAUGUGCGGCAGAUUCUCGGAAGCCUCCCUGGCCACUUCAGCAGCCAUUACAAGAAGUUCUUCUGUUCCUACUCGGAGCCCCACUAUAUCAAAUGCCAGAAGAUGGAGGUGUUGUGUGAACUGGUGAACGAUGAGAACGUGCAGCAGGUGCUGGAGGAGCUGAAGGGCUACUGCACUGAUGUGUCUGUUGAACUUGCCCAAGGGGCCAUCUUUGCCAUAGGCAGCAUUGCCAGGACGUACACAGAACAGUGCGUGGGGAUUCUGACGGAGCUGCUGGGCCUCAAGCAGGAGCACAUCACUUCAGCUGUGGUGCAGGCUUUCCGGGACCUGGUGUGGCUGUGUCCUCAGUGCACAGAAGCUGUAUGCCAAGCUCUGCCCAGUUGUGAGGAGAUCGUUCAGGACAGCGAGGGCAAGCAGGCUCUGGUCUGGUUGCUGGGGGUGCACGGGGAGAAGGUUCCCAAUGCUCCCUACGUGCUGGAAGACUUUGUGGAGAAUGUGAAAUCAGAGACGUUUCCAGCGGUGAAGAUGGAGCUGCUGACGUCACUGGUGCGGCUCUUCCUGUCCCGACCUGCUGAGUGCCAGGACAUGCUGGGGAGGCUGCUGUACUACUGCAUAGAGGAGGAGACAGACAUGGCCGUGCGGGACCGUGGCCUGUUCUAUUAUCGUCUCUUACAAGCUGGGGUGGAAGAGGUGAAACGGGUGUUGUGCAGCCCCAAGUCUGAUCCCUCCCUGGGGCUGCUGGAGGAUCAGGCUGAGCGGCCUGUGAACACAUGGGCCUCGGACUUCAACACGCUGGCACCCAUCUAUGGCAAGGCACGCUGGGCAGUCAUCACAGCUGAUUGGGCAGCAGAGCCUCGCUGUGCCAGGUCUCCCUCUGCCAUCCCCUCGGCCUCUAGAGCAGUGACGGCGAGUUCGUCAGAGCCACUGAUUUCAGAGGGGAAUAAAGAAGUGUUCGAGGUCCAUCCCGACUCCAGCAGCCUCACCUUAAUCCCCUACGCACAUCUGUCUGCGGAGCAGUUUGAGAAGACCUGGAUGAGUCUGGAUGUGAGCUGCAAGCAGGCCCUGCCCUGGCAUGGAGCUGCUCACCCUGACACCCUACAUACCGCGCUGCAGGUUGUCCACAUCCAGACAAUUGCUAUGAGCAAGGCUGGUGCCCAGCCGUGGAAAGCCUAUCUCAGCGCCCAGGAUGAUGCUGGCUGUCUUUUCCUUGCGGAGCUGUUGCUUGAGACGGAGAAUUCGGAGAUGCAAGUUCUGGUGAAGCAGAGUGAGGCGAGGGCAGAGGCACUACAGAGCUUCCUGGUGGUGCUGAGAACUGUGAUGGGGACAGUGCUAGGGCUGAGGUCCUGACUGCAGUCAGCUCCCCCAGCAGGCCUGCUUGGGGCCCACAGAUGCUUCUGCUAAACUGCCUGCCAGAGCCCUGGACCGCCCUGGUGCAGCUGCAAGUGGAAGCGGAAUGUGCCCGGGGGCCGGCACACGAUGGCAGCACAGCUGGUCUUUUCAGGGGCUGCUUUGUCAUAAUGGAUGAAUAGGUCACAUGAAACCUCCAGCAGGGUUGCCAGCUGCCCUGAACCUGGGACCCAUGGGUCAUCAGCCUGGGACUUUGUGUGGAGUGCACAGGGGAGAGAGAUCGAGAUGGGAGGUUCAGAGGCAGGAAGAGGAAGGGGUGAGCGACUGGCUGAAAACACUUCUGAGGGUUUGACGGAGCUCCUGUCUCAUUAAGGGAUGCAGAGCUCAGCAAGGGCAGGCUGGCUUCUUGCUGGGAGCCUCGCCUGGCUCUUGCGUUCCACCUGAAGAGGUGGUCUGACAGGACCUGGUCCCGCGAGGGGUUGGGAGCGCCGCUUUGCAGGUUUGCGGAGGGCAGAGGAGCACUCGUCUUUUUAGAACUGCCAGCCUCGCUUCCAGUUUCUACCAUGGUUCCCACUGAAACGUGUUCCUGCAGAGCAGAAGUUGGCCUCUCCACAGAUUCUCGCCUCACCUCUUAGAUACUCUGGCACUGGGCGUGAGGGCAGAACUCGAGAAUUACGUAUGGGCAUGGAUAGACGAACAGCUGAAGCCCUUGAAAAUUAGUGCUGGCAGCUGUUUAGUGCCACGAUUGUUCAGACUCUCCAGUCUAUUCUGCUCUAAGUGGAAGCUAAAUUGUAGCAGCACUAAACCUGGUUCGCUCUGGUUUAAAGUUACAGUGGUAUAGCUGCUAUGCCAGCGCAGCAGAGAGACAUUGAUUCAGCUGAUACCCGCUUCUGAGGGGUAACCUCCCUCUCUCUCUCCCUAUUGAGGUGGUUUAGAAUGACGCUUGUCCACAACCAGCGUGAGGCUAGAUGUGAAUGAAUGCGUGUUGGGCUGCAUCUCUGCCCGACCAGAUCAGUGGGCUCGGUGACUCUGCAGUGCUAAUACCAACUUUGCUGUUGACGUGGGUAACUUUUUGCUAAAGCGAUAUGGACUCUGUUUCAGCUGAACGUUACCAUCGCCUGCUUUGGUACGAGGCCUGUUUAGUGCGCAGCUGCGCUGGCUUGUACUCAUCCUGUUUUCCCAUGAUGUCCUGUAAACAGUCUCUUCAACAGGGAUUUGUCCUCUGCCCAGUUAAUGCUUCUGUCGUCGGCCAUUGUGUUGUUCCCCUGCUGCUUUCUUGUUGCACUUCAGUUGCUCAUUCUAUUCUGUGGAGGGCAGGGUGUCGGUUCUGUGCAUUUCUCACGGUCAUGCAUCGCCUCUUGCAUCAGGCUUGGGCGUAUUCUUGCUUUUUGGUCUGUUUAUUUUAUUCUUUUUCUUCCCUGGAUUCUUACUGGCUUUCCUGUUGCUCAGUUACUUCUCAGGUUCCUUGCAGGUGGGGUUUGAUCUGUCUCUAUCCUUGAGUGAUUAUGCCUUUGUUAUCGUUUAAGAAGAUUAGAAUAAAUUAUUCAUAGCUA